AUGUCACUUAAAAAAGUUACAAUAAAAAGUCAGGAAAUAUCAUGGCCUAGACCACCUAUUAUUAUCGGUACUGGUCGUCUGGGUAAGGUCUAUAAAGUUCAAUAUCAAGGAAGGGAUGUUGCGAUAAAAUCUAGCAGCAAUGACAUGGCAGCAAUCCUAGAUGAUUUCCACAUCUAUCAUAAACUCCGCAAAAACGAAUUCGUGCUAAAAUUCCAUGGAUUCAUGUUACGAGGUGAUAAGAUAGCAUUGGUGACUGAAUAUGCUGCAAAUGGAACACUAGGUCAAUUUUUAAAAAAGAAUACCUCAAUUGGAUGGGAAUUACGUGCGAAACUAUGUCAUGAUAUUGCACUGGGUCUCUUUCAAUGCCAUGAAGAACGAAUCGCGCAUCUUAAUUUAAAACCGGAAAAUAUAUUUUUGACAACCGAUUUAACACCGAAAAUUGCCGGCUUCACAAAGAAUAAACGUAAAUCUGAAGAAGAUUUAACGGCUUAUCAGCCUAAUGGAACUAUACAUUGGGCUGCUCCGGAAGAAGUUGUUAAUGAUGCUAACAUGAAGCAAUAUUAUCAAGAAAAUCCUGAAUUAGCUGAUAUAUACUCUUUUGGAUUGAUACUUUGGUCAACUGCUUGUAGUGGUGCAAUUCCUUAUGAGGGUGUAUUACGCGAUAACAUUUUAUUAGAAAAAAAACAAAUCAACUCUAAUGAAUCACUUCGAAGUCAACUUCCAGCAGAUUGUCCAUUUGAAUUUGCACAAAUGUUUCUAAAACUUACUCGAUAUAACCCACGACAACGAGCACACUUAUUAUAUACAUUAGUGGUUCUUGAAGGCUUAUUUGAUGUGCGCACAGAUGUACAAGAUCAUACAAUGAGUUUCAGUAAAUUAUCACAUAGUAAUAGCAUUAUGCGAUACACAAGUCAAGAUGAUCUAGGUGAAAGUGCAGUAGGUCAAGAAUCAGAUACAAACAGCCAACAUGCCUUAAUCAAUCAUAGUAACGUGCUAAGUCAUUCUGCUAGCAUUCAAGGACGCCACACAGGCGUUAGUAGUUCAUAUCCACAACGACCAAUCAGCCCAAUCAACGCAAAUCCAAAAACAGAUGCAGAAAUGCUCGACGAAGUAAUAAUAAUGUACGUCGGAGCCGAAAAAUUCGGAUUCGACUGGCUUGCGAAAAAUCUAAAAAAAUGGGCGGAAAAUGAUGAGAAUGACCCGAAAAAGAUUUUCACAUUGUUACAAAAUGGUGGGGAACGACGGUAUCAUAAACGAAAGGCUGUUAAAUGGUUAACUACAGCUGCGAAUAAUGGUAGCACAGCAGCUAUUGAAACAUUGGCUGCUCGUAAAAAGAAAAAGAAAAAUUGGUGA